AUGUUAGUCCGUUCCUCAGGAGUCCGGGGCUCUAUCAUCCCCAUCAUCAUCCUCCUCCUCCUCUGCAGCUGGCUGCUCGUCCUCUACUCCCACCAGCACCACCUCCAAUGGGACCUCCUCCCCUUCCUCUUCACCCCAGACCAAGAACCCCCCGUCGAAGUUGUGGUCGCCAGUACCCGUGCCGAGGACACCCUCUGGGUCCACCGCUUCCUCCCGCGCUGGGCCCGCAGCAUCUACGUCGUCGACAACCCGCGCGCCCGCCUGACCGUACCCGAAAACAAAGGCCGCGAGGCCAUGGUCUACCUGACCCACAUCGUCAACAACUAUGACACACUGGCGGAAACAACCGUCUUCGUCCACGCCUCCCGCUUUGCCUGGCACAACGACAACCGCGACUACGACCUCCUUCCGGCAUUGCACCAGCUGCGGUUGGACUACGUCCAGGAGUCUGGGUAUGUCAACCUGCGCUGUGUGCAGGUGCUCGGGUGUCCGGCUGAGAUUCGUCCCCAUAUCGACGCGGCAUCGGAUUGGGCGCGGAGUAUCGGUUCUGCGCCGAUUGGGGACGGGAGUGGGAAUUCUCGCGCGCUGACGACCAAGGAGAUUUACAAGGCUGCGUUUGAGGAGCUGAUGCCCGGGGUUGAUGUGCCGCAGCAGGUGGGUGUGAGCUGCUGCUCGCAAUUUGCGGUGUCACGGAAGGCGGUGCGGAGUCGGUCGCGGGAGGACUAUGUGCGUUGGCGGGACUGGUUGUUGGAGACGUCGCUGCCGGACGAUUUGAGUGGGCGGGUGUUUGAGUAUAUGUGGCAUAUAAUAUUUGGCAAAGAAGCCGUGUACUGCCCCUCGGCAGCCGACUGCUACUGCAAGCUGUUCGGCGAGUGUGGUCUCAAGUGUCAGGAGAUGCAGUGCGAGGGCCGUUAUAUCCUACCCAAGUACUCGAACUUGCCAGAAGGCUGGCCGCAAUUCGGCUAUGCGGGCGAGGACCGAAACUUUACCGGGCUUCUAUGA